CCUCGCCUGAGUAGCGGCUCCAUCGCUGGGCCCAGCCCGGGCAUCGGGCCAAGGAACCGCUGCUGCCCUGAACCGCCGGGAGCUCGGGGGGCUGAAUCUCUGUAUUUUGGAGGGGAUCUUGGCGAAUCUUGCUGUUUUGUGGAUUUUUCAUCUGUGUCGUGAUUUUUGGAAGUUUUUUGGGCGAAAUCUUGGUGUCUUGGAGAUUCUUAGGGACACAAGAUGCCCAAUGUGUUCUUGAGUUGCUCUUUGGCAAAGAAAAGCCCCCAGCCCAAGGCAAUCUCCUCUUGCUUUUUCUCCCAAAUCAGGAUUUCCCAUUCCCUAGGUGUGGGUGCAAGGAGGAGGAGGAAAAGCCCGAGAGUUCCCUCAUGAGGAGAGGCUGCAAACCCAGGCCAGGAUGCUGCAAGGAGAAAAGACCCUCCCUGAGCCGCAAAGGCGGCAGGAGAUCCAGGCAGAGCUCAGAGCUGGUGGAGAAGCCCCACAAGUGCUUGGAAUGUGGGAAGGGUUUCAGGUGGAGCUCUGAGCUGAUCCGGCACCAGAGGAUACACACUGGGGAACGGCCCUACGUGUGUGGAGUAUGUGGGAAGAGCUUCAGCCAGAGCUGCAACCUGACCCAGCACCAGAGGAUCCACACUGGGGAGAGGCCCUACAAGUGUGGGGAAUGUGGGAAGGGAUUCAGAGACAGCUCCACCCUGACCCACCACCAGAGGACCCACAGUAGGGAACGGCCCUAUGAGUGCGAGGAAUGUGGGAAGAGCUUCACCCAGAGCACCAACCUGAUCCAACACCAGAUGAUCCACACUGGGGAGCGGCCUUUUGAGUGUGGUAAAUGCAAGAAGAGUUUCUGCACAAUAUCUGAUCUGAUGCGGCACCAGGUGAUCCACACAGGGGAACGGCCCUACACCUGCUUGGAAUGUGGGAAGAGCUUUGGGUGGAUGUGCUACCUGAGCAAACAUCAGCUCAUCCACACCAGGGAGAGGCCCUACGAGUGUCCUGAGUGUGGGAAGAGGUUUCAGACCACCUCCAAUCUCCUCAGACAUGAGCGGAUUCACACAGACGAGAGGCCUUUCCGCUGCUCUGACUGCGGGAAGGGAUUCAAGCGAAAUGGGCAACUCACUGUCCACCGGCGCAUCCACACUGGGGAGAGGCCCUAUAAGUGUCCUGAGUGUGGGAGGGGCUUCUCCUGGAGCUCUAACUUGACCCGACACCAACGGAGGCACCACUAAGAAAAGCCCUGUAAGUGCCCCGAGUGUGGGAAGAGCUUCAUGCUCUGCUCCAGCUCCAUCCCCCAUGGGAGGAUCAGUGUUGGAUGAUCCCCAGUGACCCCCAUUGGGCAGAGCCGUGGUGAUCCGUGGUCCUGGUGAAUCGUGUUGGGAAGACAUCUGGGUGGGGGGGCUCUGCAUCAUCCUGUCUCCCUGUGGGCACCUGGAUGAAUGCAGGGGCAGGAACAUCCAUUGGGACACAAACCAACAUUGGGAAUUCCUUGGGGGAAGUGGAUUUGUUGGCUUUCAACCCCAGAAAGUUUUCUGUGUUCAGUCCUGUCUUCUGGUGGUCUUCAGGAAUACUGAAUGGUAUUGGAGGUAUUUUCCAACCUCUUUGAUCACACAAUUUUGAUUUUCUAUUACUAAAGGGUGUCUUCCGAAGCAAAAUGGUGACGGACUGGGGCAAUGACCAAAAUUUUGGAGACAGUGAGGUGGAAAUGCUUCCAAAACGGUUCUUCCCUCCCACCCGAGCACAUGGAUCCUCACCUGGCAUGGACAAGGAAAUGCUUUUCUUCUCGA